CUCUAAUAAAAUCAAUGGAAAUACUGAGCAGCAACGGCUCAGCAUAAACCCUAAUUAAAACCCCUCGUUACCCCCCUUUUCAUCUCCGCCAAACUCUGACACAAACCUAUACAUACACACACCUGUAUCUAUAAAUCUCAAUUGAAAAGCAAUUGCAGUGACUAGAGAUGCAGAGCGAUGAAAUCGUAUGGCAAGUCAUCAGACACAAGCACUGCAGUUUCAUGAGCAAGAUUGAAACUGGGAUUUUCUGUCGAAAUCCGUAUAAUGUUACCGGGACUUGUAAUCGGAGCUCGUGUCCGCUUGCUAAUAGUCGAUAUGCUACUAUUCGAGAUCAUGAAGGAAUCUUCUAUUUGUACAUGAAGACAGCAGAAAGGGCUCAUAUGCCCAGCAAGUUAUGGGAGAGAAUUAAAUUGCCCAGAAAUUAUGAAAAAGCACUCGAGAUUAUUGACAAAAAUCUGAUGUAUUGGCCCAAAUUUCUGGUACACAAAACAAAGCAACGUUUAACCAAAAUGACUCAGAUGAGGAUACGCAUGAGGAAGCUUGCGCUGAAAACAAGGGAGAAGAUAAUGACUCUUCCUAGGAAAGAGAUAAAGAGAGAGUCUAGGAGAGAGGAAAAAGCUGAAAAGGCAGCAAUCUUGGACAAGAGUAUUGAAAAGGAAUUACUUGAACGUUUGGAGAAAGGUGUAUACGGGGAUAUAUACAACUAUCCUGUUGAAAAAUACAAUAAGCUUCUUGAUGAUAUGGAGAAGGAUGCUGUCGAAGAGGAAGAGGAGCAGGAGGCUGAGAUAGAAUAUGUUGAAGGCUAUGAAGACCUUGAAGAGGAGGACGAUAUGGAAGAUUUUGGCGGACUUGCAUUAGAACAAAGUGAUGCAGAUGUUGAUGUUACAGAUGGGACGGAUGAAGAUGAUGAAUUGACAGUCUCAAUUAAUCAGAAAAGAGAGAGAAAGGAUUCUUCAGUUGGGCGGAAGCUUGGCAAAGAUGGACCUGAUGCCAAGCCAAAGAAGAAGCCAAGAGUACAUGUGGAGGUUGAGCGGGAUGGAACUGAUGAAAGAUUGAAGACUGUAAUCUAAGGUCAAACCAUUGACUGAAUUAUCUUACUGGGAGCUGCUGAAAACCGAUGCGGGAUUUGUUUGGUUGUAGUUCAAAGAUGCUGUAUUAUUUUUGUUAAUUAUAUUCUGAAGUUAGAAUUCCAGCUUUCCCCUGUAACAUUUAAGUUAUUGAGGAAGAUACUUAAUGUGUGAGUGCAAACUCUCUUUAGCACUAUAGAUUUUACAUGUUGAGGUGAUCUAUAAUUCACUCAUCAAUAGUAUUCUUAUUAAUCAUAGACUACAUGAUUUUUUUA